GAGAUUUACGAAGGCAGUUCAAUAAGUGAAUAUUCAGCUGUAAAGUGUUAACCAGUAUUACAACAGUAUCUUCUGAUCUGUGGUUGAGAGAAGCUGAGCAACUCUUCAAAAUUCAUUCGUAUAUCUGUACAGCAAUAAGAACAUUAGCUUAUCUCCUUUCGCAAGAUGGGAAACACUUCUUAUGCUCAGAAACGUCGAAGUAUGAAGACCGGCAGCCCUCUUAUGGAUCUACGAACUAAUGGGAACAAGGUUCCCGUUCAAGAUGAUGUAGUACCUCUAAGGAAAGUGGGAGACCUUACUCAAGUGCCCAAGCAGGAAGUUGAAGAAACUCAGGUAAGGGCCAGCCGGGCGAGACCUGUGCAGGCGUCUCAGAACGCCAGGGGACAACGGCGUGUUGGGAGACGUCGUAUUGUGCACUUUCCUAUUCCCGAUUACAGUGACGUGAAGCCCAAAGUUGACAGUUGGAGGAAGAACUGGAGAAGUGGAGACAAAACAAGUGAGGUUCAUGAUGAUGUAGUAACUCCAAGGAAAGUGCGAGGCAGUUACCUUACUCAAGUGCCCCUGUGUGACGAGGAAAAAACUCCGGAAAGUGUUCCUUUCGUGAGAAUUACAUCGCCCCUGGUUACCAUGAGUGAGCCACGGAAGCCUGAGUCUAGGAGUGUCGAGAGCAACCAGAUUCUUGGGGACAGUAUGGAAAAGUUCAUCCAGGAACUGGACAAUAUCAGCAAAGACUCUGUGGUCAGCACAUCUACGGUGUGCUCGGAAAUCAGCGACCACGAGAAGAAG